AACAAGAUGUGGAAAAAGCAAAAUGGCGUUUCACGAAGACGUUUGUAUUGUGUUUAUUAUAGUUAUGUGCUCUUAGUCAGCGCGUACGUGUACAAAUAUGUGUUGUUUAAUAGAGUAAACAUCGUUAAUUAAUUGUCUGUAUCCGGAUACAUUUGUUUUAACAUUUUGCUGCUUCUCGCGUUAGCUUAGCUUGCUAGCUGCUAACAAGGACGGGCGGAAGUGAUCAAAACACAUCGCUAAGCAGAGAUCAAGUACGUUUUUGAAGAAUAUCUUAUUCCUGAGCCACAGGGUUGGGGUGUCAAGAUGGCGCAGCCCACCCGCAUUAAAGAGGAAGACGAAUCGCCAAUGAUUUGUCACAUUAAAAAGGAAGAGGAGGACCCACUGACCUCCCACAUUAAAGAGGAAGAGGAGGAACACAGCAUCACUCAGGGGGCAGAGAAGCUUGAAUGGUCGGAGGAGUUCCCAGUGACUGGUGUCCCUGUGAAGAGUGAAGAUGAUGAGGUCAAAGGUGAAAGUGAGGAGAGGAGAGAGGCGGAGCCUACAAGCAGCAGCUCAACAGAAGCUGAUGGAGACCACUGUGGAGGAUCACAAGCAGACAAGCUCUUAGCUCCACUAUCAGAUAGUGAGGACACAACGUCACACUCUCCUGACUCUGAUGAUGAAGACUCUAAAGAUGAUAAGACAUGUCACGCUGACAACACACACCUGACGUGUUCUCACUGCGGCAAAACCUUUACACGCCCCAGCGGUCUUAAAAUACACAUGAGAACGCACACCGGAGAAAAACCUUUUCCCUGCUCAGAAUGUGGCAAAUGUUUUGCACGCAAAUAUGUGUUGAAAGAACACGUGAAAAUACACACUGGGGGGAAACCUUUUUCAUGUUCAAUAUGCGGUAAAUAUUUCACACAAAGUCACUAUUUAAAAGUCCACAUGAAAACACACACCGGAGAAAGGCCUUUUUCUUGUUCAAUCUGUGGUAAAGGUUUUAUACAGAGUCACGAUUUGAAAGUACACACGAGAACACACACCGGAGAAAAUCUUUUUACUUGUUCGACCUGCGGUAAAGGUUUCGCACGAAGCAAUAGUUUGAAAGUACACAUGGGAAUACACGCAGAUGAAAAACCGUUUUCCUGCUCGAAAUGUGGCAAAGGUUUUGCACAACGUAACAAUUUGAAAAUACACAUGAGAAUGCACGCUGGGAAGAAACCUUUUACCUGUUCAAUCUGCGGCAAAGGUUUUUUGGAAAGUAGCUAUUUGAAAACACACAUGAGCAUACACACGGGCGGAAAACCCAAUACCUGUUUAGUCUGUGAUAAGGGUUUUGUACGACGGUACAAUUUGAAAUUACACAUGAGAACACACACUGGAGAAAAACCAUGAACCUGCUCAGUAUGUGGUGAAUGUUUUGCAGAAAAACAUUUGUUAAAAGAUCAAAUUUAAAUACACACUGGGGAAAACCAUUUUUUCCUGCUCAGUAUGUGGUAAGAGUGUUUGCACGGAUUAAUAUGUUAAAAGAACACACACACACACACACACACACACACACACACACACACACACAGGAAAAAAAACAUUUUCCUGUUCAAUAUGUGGUAAACAUUUUGUACAAAGACCAUAUUUUAAAAAUAUGCACCGAAAAAAAACCUUUUGUUCAAUCUGUGGUUUACACACACAUAUAUGUUCAAAGUACACAUUGGAGAAAAAGUGUUAUGUUGCAGUGUACAGGUUUUCCCACACAU